AUGCCAGGCAACCUCGUGCUUGUAACCGGCGUAACAGGGUUCAUCGCUGGUCAAGUCGUAGAGAGCCUCCUCAAGGCGGGGUACCGCGUCCGAGGAACAGCAAGAGGCUCCAAGGCCGACGUGUUAAUCAACACCGUGCACGUCCCAGGCCUCGAGUUCGUCAGAGUGGACGAUAUCGCAACAUCAGACCUGGACGCUGUACUCGAGGACGUCCAUGCGGCGAUACACGUAGCCUCGCCCCUACCCGGCCACGCAAGCAUGGAGGAGACUUUGAGCACCGCGAUCGACGGUACACUCAACGUCCUCCGCAAAGGGUCGCACCGUGGGAUCAAAAAGUUUGUUAUUACGAGCACGUUCGGGACACUUGUUGACCCGCUACUAGUCGACGGAUUCUCCGAUCGUACUUUGUCCGAAACAGGUCCGUCCCUCACUCUUCUCUCAAUACCAUGA